AUGAUAAAUUACAAAAUAUUGUGAGUGUCGUGAAGCAAAAUGUUUAUGCAGUUUUAUUGUGAUUUGUGAUACUUGGCAUAUUUUAGCAGAUGGCUUGUUAGACUUGAAAAAGACAACUAAGGGACAAGAAAACUGAAGGGCGUUUGAAGGGGUAAAUGGAUUGAAAAUCUAGCCCAUACAAAAAUUACAGAAUUUUAAUGUAUCUACAGAUUAUAAGAAUUGAAGAAUAUUUUGUUAUAAUUAUUGAUCUCAUAUAUUUUUAAUUAAAACGGAGCCAAAAAAAAAAAAAAAUGACCACAGAAAUGAAAAAAAUACAAGAAGAUCAUUUUUCAAAAUUGACGGCAUUUUUGAGCGAGACAAAGCAGCCGUUUAUCAAUGUUCAAACAGAUCAAAUCAAUCGGGCAAUAGACCUACUGAAAAUACUUCCGGCAGCGCAAGAAGCUGUACUGGAAUAUUAUGGAAAAUUUUUUGACUACGCCAUUUCUACGUAUCUAAAACAACUCAAAGUCCAGCCGACAUGGGUUGAGAGUAAUAAUAUGCCGUCGAGGCAUGAACCACUAGUUAUUCCGCAGGAAGUUAUAAAAAACGUGACGAAUAUUAGAGACGCCCUUCUAAAGCUGGUCGAAGAAAAUCACUUGGUUUGGAGUCAUGUAGUUUUGCAAUGGUCCUAUAAGUUAUUAGGUAAAGUCUCUAAACACUAUAACUUGCACGAGUUUGCGAGGAUGCCAUUGGGAGACAUGUUAAAAUUUUGGUCACAGUGUUCAGUAGCAAACAUACUGGUGGAUAUAAAUAACAAGACGAUCGCCAAAAUGGUUAAAGAAGAAGGCGAGCGGUCUGUCGAUAGCAUGAUUGAAAUAAUGUUGGGGUAUAAAAGUUCUAGUUUUGAAUGGGUAUUAGCUCAGAUUGGUGAGAGUUUUCCAUCUUUAAUCAUUAGGAAUAUGCUAAUAUGUGGAAUUAAAGAAAUGUGUUCAAUAAAUAAAUUUAAACACACAGAAAAGUUGAACUCUUUCAUACGAAUUCUCGAUCAUCUAUCAAUUACAUACUCGAAAAAUAUUAAAGACGCUGUAUUCCAAUUAUUUGAGCUAAGUCUAAUCGACAAUCAACAAAAAUUAACUGUUGAAAGUAUUACAGUCAUACCGUUCUUGUUGCACGUGGCAAGAUGUUCUACUACGUUACUGAAGUCGAUUUUGUGUGAACAUUUAACUCAAAUUACUCCCGAAGUGCUGUAUAAAUUAUCGCCUCUAGUUUUACAAUGGGAAAAAUAUUUUGAUGAACAAUGUGGAUUAAUGGAUAUUAUCGUACAUGUGUUAUUGAACGCCGAUAAUGGAAUUAAGUAUGUGUUAAAUAUGAUUUUCAAUUUGAUCGGUCAUGAUGAUACAAAGUUUGAGGUUCUCAAAACUGGAGCACAGUCGUUAUUCGAGCUGUUUCUAGCCGAACUUGAAAUAACACUCAGAACUGAAAGGACAUCGCCUCCUGUAUUAAAAGCACUAGUCGUAAAUCUUCAUUUUGUUAAACCUUAUUUAUUAACAGAAAAUGUCAACGUUGCUCAACCUGCAGCAAGGCUAUUGUGUUGUAUUGCUAUCCGAGACCAAGAUUGUUUGUCACCUUAUAUAGCGACCAUGUUGGUCGAAUGUGACAGUAGUGCUAAAUUAGAGACUUUUGUUGAAAUCUUGUCAUUUGGAAGUAAUAUGCUCCAAUUUGAAAGUGGAUUGACUUAUGCUUUAGUAAAAAUUAACACCGUACAGAAUAAUGUUUGGAACAACAUAGAUAUACUAUUAAGUUUGGAAUCCAAUCCAGUUGACGGCGUUUCGUUACACGGAGUAUCGUCAGCUGUAAUAAACCAUUUAGACAAAAUAUGCAAGUCUAUGAUCGACUCUUGUCAUUGUGGCGACAUGAAAUCUGCUCAUACUUUAUCGUCAAUAAUGUUUAAAGUGUGUGCAAAAUUAUCUGGUCGAGAAAUGAGCGUGCCAAAAGUUCUUUAUUCGGUGAAAGCAGCAGUCAUGUACUUUUUCACUUGUCUCUUCAAAGAAAAAGACGAUAUGUUUAAAUUAAAAGCGUGUAUUAAGAUGAAUAAAUUUGUCAAUACUGUUACUUUUCGUUCAUCAAUAGCGAGGACAGCAGCAAUGAAGUAUAUUUUAGAUGGCAUAUUAAAGGAACCAUUUUCAUUGUUAUUCGUCAUGCCUGACAAUCGACGAAACGACUAUAUUGUUCAACCGCCCGAAAAGACGUCUUUAUUGGAAUCAUUUUUGCAACAGGAAUAUAAUUUAGAUUUUGGAAAACAAGUCAGUGGCCAAUUUGAUAAAGACGCCUUAAAUUCCAAGUACAAGAUACCCGCUUUUAAAGCCGAGUCUGUGCGUUUCAAUGAGCUGAGACUUGUUUCGUUUUUACGGUCUUGUUACUCAUCUGAUGAAAAUUAUACAUUCGAACCAACUUUGGACACAGUUGUAUCAUUAGCGUUGUUAAUUGUACAAUUUGUAUCGCCAGACGUUAUGUACAAUGGAUUGCCAUGGCCCGAUGAAGAUUUCACAAAGGUGACAAUAGAAAGGGACGUUCAUAUAUACCAUACAAUCACUACAAAGCCGAUAAUAUGGACUCUUCUGGGAAUAUUGGCCUGUCAUAGACCAGCACUUUGUUAUUGUUCAGUUUUGUUAAGAGCCGUCUGUGCUUGUCUGAUUAACCAUUGGGGAGCUGUUAACCACACUAAAGGAAACACACGAGAUCAUCCGCAAUUGAUGAACGAUACCAUACAAUUAUUGAAUACAAUGUCACUUGGUCAGCUGUUGCCCAAACCUUUGGAUGUUCUCGGCGUGGUCGUCCUAGACCUUACGCCUCAACAGAUACUCAUUGUCCUUCGCGACUGCGUCUGGACAUACACCAGGGAUCAUAUACCAGCUCCGGCUCUUUUCAUACGCAACAGUAAUGGAGGAAUGUGGCGUGACACUACAACUGCUCUAGUACCUAAGCCAUAUUCGGAUUCAUUGCGUCUCACAAUGAUCGAAAACAUAUCGCAAUUUGGCGAUUUGUAUGCAAGACUGUUCAUCAAUAAAAAAGAACAGUCGACUGAACCGGAACAUUUUUGAGCCAUACAAUUGUAAAUACCAAAUAUUUUUU